GUCAAGAACAGGGUCAGUGAGGCCAUACUCCCAUCACCCCAUUUCCCCCAAGACCCCUAACCCAGACCCUGGACACCUGAUCCGAGUCAGUUGCUAACAACUACUCCAUCCUUCAGUGUGCUCUGAUUCUAGAACAGUCCCAGCUUCCACACCCACCAGGGUGUGGUCUUGGGCCUGCAGCCUGGCCUCCCUGAGCCUAUUUCCUCGUCCAGAAAGUGUGAGAAUACCACCUACCUCACAGGGCCUCCUGAGGACUCCAUGCCAUAUUACUAUCAUUAUUGUUCUCCCCUCACACCUCCAGCACAUUCCUUUCCUCCCUUGUACCUCAUACCACCCUGUGAGGCCUGCAUCACAGAAUCAUCAUCCUUCAUUUUCCAGAUGAGGAGACUGAGGCCCAUAGUGGGGUAGUGACUUGCUCAGAGGCCCACAGAAGAGAGGCCGCUCCCCCCUCCAGCUGGAGGCCCUGUCCCAGCUGCCUUCACCCCACCCCAGCCCCACCACUAACCAGAGUCCUGUCCUCUGGGAUCUCAAUGAGUGUCUAGGCCCCUGUCUGGCUGAGCCAUGGAUGGAGAGGGAUGGGGUGUCUUGGGAGCUGAGGUGAGUGGCUCCUGCUGUCCCAGCCCCACUGGAGUCUCUGCCCCGCUGGCUGGGCCUGAGGCCAUGCCAAGGCUUCACCUCCCCAAGGUACCCCUCAGGAUGUUCCCCUGAACAGCACUUGCUUCAUGGACUCAGGAAGUGGAAGCCCCAGUGCCAUCUCUGACAGGGUAGGGGAUGACCAGGGCACAGGCUGGUAACACUUUGUUUCCUCUUCUACAUGAAGCUUCUGACUUCCAUUCAGGAAGGAUCCACUCAGAAUCCAUCCAUUCCCCAGACUCUUAUAAGCCAUGUGGGGCAUGAUGUCAUUGCCAACUAGACAUCCCAGUGAGAAUCCCGACUGUGACUGAUUAGCAGAGACUGCUACAGGGGCAGAGUAGGAAAUUGCAGAAUGCACCCAUAUCUGUCCCUGGUCCCGUCAUGUGGACCAAGGCUAGGCAGCCCGUUUGUCCACCUGGCCUGUGGGAUUCCCCUGCAGUGCCCAUCCCUGGGGCAGGGAGGGUACCCUCCUCUUGGAGAUGCAGUGAAGAUGGGAGGAGCAACAGGGGCCUGGAUUCCUGGGGACAGGCUGGACUGCUUUAGGGAGGAAAAGAACCCCUACCCACCCCAACAGCCUGGAGGAAGCUAAGUGCCCGCAGGAUGGACCAGCAUGGAAGCCAGACCCCUCCUGAUUCUGCCAGCUCAGCAACCCUUCCUAGAACAGCCCAGCUACCACCACUAUGUCCCAUUACCAGGCCCUCCUCUCCCUCAAACUGCCCCCACCUGCCCUGGGGUCAAACAGAUCCCACUUCCUGUUAAUCUAGACAAGAUGGGAAAUUUUCGAAGACACUUAAUCAGAAACAAAACUAUAUCCUGCCUAUUCCCCUUUCCUGUCUCACCCCUCCUCUCGUUCCAGACCUCCAGCCUCUACUCUACCUUGAUGAGCAGCUCCCUGCUCAGUGAGUUGUCUUUGCUGCACAGCUUUUGACAUUUUUGGGAGCACUUCCAGAGGGGAGGGGAAAGGAAAGAAGGGGAAAUAUGGGAAUUAUGGGAGUAGUGUGAGUACAAAUUCCUUUUUGAGAACUGAAAAGACGCAAGCUGUUUGGAUGAGGGUUUCCACCAGGUUCCUCUGAGCUCACAGGGCCCCAUGGUGGUCGAUUCAAGAGUGAGGCUAAAACCCUUAAUGGUUAAUGGAGAGGAUCAAACCUGGAUGCAAAAGACACCUUGAUUAAAAGCAAGUGUGCUGAAAUAUUCAUAAUGUGCACCUGGGGUGUUUGAGAAAUUAACAAAACCAGCUCUAAUUUCUAGAGAAACAGGUGGUAGUGCUUAGCGAUGGGUUAAAAACAAGUGCCUGGUGAGAAAAACCUGGCCUCUCCUGUGCUGGGAGAAUUCCCAGGAAGAAGAGUGAGUUAAAAGGAAAUCAAGAUGCAAAGAUCCCACAAAUGAUACCUAAUGACUACUACUUUGGCUGGUGGGUGGAAUUGGGGUUUUCUCCCUCCCUAACAAGGAUGAAGGAGGGAUAAAAAUACAUUGUCCCAAGAAUGAUGUGACUGUCAGAGAAUUUGCGGCAUCUAGGGAAAACUUGGAAAAAAACCUCAGAGGGCAGGAGCAGGUGGUGGUGAAUAACAGAGGGACAAGCAGGUAGAAUAGGGCCGUGUGACUAUAUGAUCUGGAGGAAAUGAAAAGAUGACAACCUGAAUCUUUCUUCGGGUAAGAGAAGCCUGUCUAGAUGUGUUUGUCAGGCAGAACGACAUAUGUGGGCAGCUUGGAAUGUGUGUGUGCAAGACACACCCAUCCUCUGCAGAGAACAUGCUCACAACGCAGAGCGAUUAUUAUAAGGGCAAAGCUGUGGGAGUAGGGGGGGGGGGGGUUGCUCCACAGCAGCAGUUGCUGGAGAAAUAAGGAAGUGGGAAGGCAGCUAGGGAACCUCUUCCCAAGCUCUCUAUAAAGAUUCACAGCUGAGACGAGCACGGGGCACCCCUCCUAAUAGGCAGGAGUCUCCUCAUUCGGCAUGCUAAAGAUUUCAUGGCUCCAGGCUGCUAAACCUCUCAGAGUCUCAAGCCUGAUGUUCAAAAGGGGAUAAAGUCCUGAGGCUGCUGUGAGGAUGGCAUGAGAUGUUCCACACCCCGGCACGGGACCCGGCCCACCGCGCGCAGUCACCCUACCUACCCUUCCCUGCUCCCGAGGACUUUCCCGACAGGACCUGCCCGUCACUACUCCGCCUGCUCUCGCCGCCGUCCUCCGGAAGGUCAGGCCCGGGCUCAGCCUCCUUCCCUCCCUCAGAGGCCUCAUGGGCCUCCCCGUGCGCUGGGCUCUCACGCCAGCUCCUGCCUCCGCUGAAACCCAGCUUGGGGCCAACGGGCCACCACGGAGGAUCAGCAUCCCAACAGAGGGGGCGACGCACAAGGGCAGCAGCCCACAGGGCCGCCGCCUCUCGACCACGCUGGAGGGACGCGGUCAGGGCGCGCUGAGCCCCGAGAGAGGUCAAGGCCAAGCAAGUCCUCCGGGCGCUGGGAAGCUACUCCCGGCCGGACCCCAGGGCAGGGUCCUCUCCUCCGGGCAGAGCUUCCCUCCCGGCGGCCCCAGGGCACGGUCUCCCCCACGCAGGCGCCCGCGGCUGCCCUCUGCUCCCGAGCGGCUGUCCACCCAGCCCGCCCCGAGACGCGCCGCUUCCCGGAGGGGCUCCGACGGCCUCUCCAGGGACCGGGCGCUGCCCGCUCGGCCUCCGCCAGCGCGGGGAGCGGGCGCCCCGAGAGUGUCCGCUCACACGGGGUCUGCCGGGGCCGGCCGCUCCCGCCUCCGGGACUCUCCGGGUCAGAGGCGGGACCCUCGGGUCCCUCCGCUCGCACACCGACCCCUGGGGGCUGCGCCACCCCACGCCUGAGAGCCCCCGGAGCGCUGUCCAAUGCCCGCAGGCCGGCCCCCGGGG